UUUAGGGCCAUUAAUUCUGACCACGUGCCUGAGAGGCAAGGUGGAUGGCCCGGGGACAGACGCUGCUCAUCACUAUGUCCCGGGGAGCAGGACGUCCGCAGGGCACGCUGUGGGCUCUCGUCUUCCUCGGCGUCCUAGUGGGCAUGGUGGUGCCCUCUCCCGCAGGCACCCGAGCCAACGGCACGCUGCUGGCCUCAAGGGGCUGGGGCACCCUGCUGUCCAGGUCUCGAGCCGGGCUGGCCGGAGAGAUCGCAGGCGUGAACUGGGAGAGUGGCUAUUUGGUGGGGAUCAAGAGGCAGCGGAGGCUGUACUGCAACGUGGGCAUCGGCUUCCACCUUCAGGUGCCCCCCGACGGCCGGAUCAGCGGGACCCACGAGGAGAACCCCUACAGCCUGCUGGAGAUUUCCACAGUGGAGAGAGGUGUGGUGAGCCUUUUUGGGGUGAAGAGCGCCCUCUUCGUCGCCAUGAACAGUAAAGGAAAAUUAUACGCCACGCCCAGCUUCCAAGAAGAGUGCAAGUUCAGAGAGACCCUCCUGCCCAACAACUACAACGCCUAUGAGUCGGACAUGUACCGAGGUGCCUACAUCGCGCUGAGCAAAUAUGGACGGGUGAAGCGGGGCAGCAAGGUGUCCCCGACCAUGACUGUCACACACUUCCUCCCUAGGAUAUGAGGACCCCAGAGGAAGGCUCACAGGCGGAAAGUAACGUCUUUUCUGUUGGAAUUUUGCACAAGUGGACAGUUUCUCCUCCCCCUAUGCCUCCUGAGUUGAGCUCCUUCUCUGCUUGGGAGUGGGGAGACCUGAGCUGGUACCCAGAGCCACUGGACCCCAUGGCGUGUGACCCACCCGAGGGAGGGGUUGCAGCUGGGCUCCUAGAAUGGCAAUGGAUUGAUCGAUCCCACGCUCUGACCUCGACUGAGGGGAGAAAGUCCAGAGACACUCGUGGAAGAGGACCCUGGGCCCUGGAAAAGAAGGGGAGGAAGUGCGUGUGCUGACGUAUAUCCAUACAUCUCGGUCUAUACGUGCAGACAUCUCGGUCUAUAUCGUCAGAGCCAGGGCAUCUGGGCAUCUCCAAACAGGUUUCUUCCUCCAGGCGUCACCGGAAUCUGCCUGCAAGAAUGUCACCUGUCAGCCCAGCAGGAUCGAUGCGUGCUCCCACUCUGCCUCUUCCCAAUCACCUUCCCUCUCAGAGGCUGCUGACUCCGUGGGUUGCCCCGGGGGCGGGGGCAGGAAGCAGCUGUCCUCUAAAGUGCAGAGAGGGCAGGGUGACAGGGCGUAAGAUUUAGCUGCAGACAGAAAGACUGAGCGGGCGCUCGAGGCAUCCUGGGUGUGAGGGCUCUGGGGACCCUGGGACACAUUGUUGGGGAAGCUGGGGGAGACAAUAUCCCCCUUUUUUGGAGGAGAGGGUCGGAGCAGUGUGUGAAGCAACUGGUAGAAUACCGGCUAGAAGCAGCGGAAUGGACGGGGCCUCCUAGAGAGAGCCUUUCUGCUCGGAGGACUCAAAUGCUGCGUGUGGCUCCAAGAACAAGCUGCGGCCAGGCUGCCUGCCCGUAACUUUUCCUCACAUUGAACUGGGUCUUAUUUUAACCUCAGAUGACAAGGAUCCUAAUAAUGGCAACCUCUUUGGCGAGCAUCAAGGGGUACAAAAUAGGUCAUGAAGGAAGUAGAGAGGUUUCAGACUUCAGAUGCUAAUUCCUCUCCAGUAAUGUCCAGGAAACUCACCCAAGUUCUCAUCUGAUACUCUCACUUCCUUCUCAGCCGACCUCCCCCACACAUGCACCGGUGCCUGGAUGCAGUGGAAUUGGGCAUCGUGACGUUCAGAGUUUGCCCCCCGACCCCCUACAGUAGGAGAAGAGUGAUAAUCCGGUGAAAUGGAGCAUCCCAGCUGAAGCGGCUCCUUGCUGCCUCAAUGCCUUCUUGCCUCCUGGCCUUUGAGAGUAUUUAAAGCAGAGGUGCCCCAAGCAACUAUAAAUGUUGUCCGCCUGGAGCCUUUGGAUGCCUGAGCCGUUGGGACGUUCCUAAAUCUGAAACCAGAGAGACCCAUGUCGGAGCACACAUAUUUUCGGCGGACGUGGACGGGCAGGUUUCAAAAUGAGCUGACACCCUCUGUGACUCUCAGAGGCCCCGGCCAGCAAGACCAGCCCUUCCUCUGCUGCAAAUAUCCUUGCCUUUGACACACCUCUCUAUUUGCAGAUGCGUCCAGCUAUAGAUAGAGCCGGGAUGAGCUGAAGGCAAGGGCUGAUGAUCCAAGGGAGAGACACCCUGCUGGUCACCUCCUCUGCCCGGCACAUAUCAGGGCAGACAUGUGCUGGGGGAGGGACAAGAGGCUGCACCAAAGUGGGCAAAGAUGCAACAGUGAGAGCUCAGGAUGAGAGAGGACGCAGCCAAGCCUUGAAUGGAAACUGGAUGGAGCUGGGGUCUUGGUCAAGCAGAAGGGGAAAACAUCAGUCCAUCUUGACUGUUUGGAAUAUUUCAAGUGUAGAUCUGCUUGGAGGCAGGGGACAAAACGGAUUGUUCUUCGGGAGAUCUUGUCCUGAGUAACUGGUCUGUUUAACAGGGUACGUCGGAAACCGAUGCGCUCACAACCUGAGUGGUGGGUCAGCUCCCAGUAGGAUGCAGUGGCGUGUAGGGGGUCUGGGUGGGGAUGGAUGGAGCGCGAUCUGAAGAGGAGAAGGAAGUCACAGGUCCCAAAAUAUUGGUUCCCUUCUCCCCCAGGUGCUGAGCUCUCUGGCAGGAGAAGGCUCUUCUAAGGAGAGUCAUGAGGCCUCAGAUGGUUAGAUCUUUCUUGCAGCCCCCUAGAGGCUUAUAACAGUGCCCAAAUCCUGACCAGGAGUUUCCUCAAAUGUCCAUCCCCAUCUCUGAUGCUAGAAGGGAGGAUGAGAAGCUCUCAAAUGCCUGGGACCGGGCAGGCUUGAUGCCCGUCACUCCAGUAUAACGCAUUGUCCGAUGACCCUGUGGGCAGCUGGGCAUCUGUUCUCACUGGUACCCGGGCCCAUGGUGUACUAGAGUUUCAGUACUUCAGAGAUCACCUCUGAUAUACGGCUGAAUCAUUGACUCUUUAACGUUUUUCCCAUCCAGAGGAAUUCUCCCAGGGCUAUCCCUGUGACCUGUGAGCAACUGAGGCUUAGGGAAAAAUCAACCCCCGUCCAUAGACAUUGGGUCGGGGCACAAACAGAGUGAGGUCUGCACCGGUGUGCAGAGUUCUCUCCUUGCUCAUCUCCAACCGAGGCCCAUGCUUGGCCGUCAGCCCCAUUGGAUCUGAAAGGCUGCAGGGAGGUGGCAGAAGCAGGGGAACAGAGGUGGUCCCCACCUUCCCACCAAGCAUGGACUAAGAAUGUCUUGGGUCCUCCCUCCACCAGAUCCUGAGCUAUGACACCGGUUCAUGCAGUUUUUGUAGCUAAAUGGCCUCUGUUCAAUCCCAAACCAUCUCCAGGAGCUCCAGGCAAAGGCGGGGCUCCAGGAGCCCAGAGACUGCCUUGUUACCCCUUCAAGAACCAAUGAUGCAGAACAGAGCAAAAAGGUGCACCCCUGAAGGCGGCUUCUCAGCUGGGACAACUUAGCUCAGGACAAAGAAGAGGGGCCAGGCCCCUGAAGAAUCUACCCCCUCCUCGGGCAGCCAUGGGUAGACCGCAGAGGAAACCAGGAAACGCCCUGCUUGUUCCUGUAGGUCGCUCACUGCCUCCUGACCCCUCCUCCCCACUUCCCAAUGGAAAAGCAGCGGACAACUUUGUGAUGGACACUCCAUCACUCUUCUCCUUCAUACCCUCCCUCCACCCCCACAUCCCACCACACCUCCAACGCACACCCCAGGCCCCUGGUCAGGGCUGUUCUGGGGCUUAAGAAAGAGGGGAGAUUCUCCUGUCCUCUGCUCCAGGCGACACACUUCCCUCCUUCAGACACAUCGCUUUCUUCCCAAGCCCGGAAUUCUCUCCCAGUUCCCAUCCUAUCCGGAAGCAGCUGGGACUCUCCAGCCCAGGCUGGCUCCGCCCCUCUCAUGCCCUGGAUCUUGGACCCUUCCUCAUCCUAAGAGAGUCCUAGGGGAGGAAGGAAAUGCAUGAGGUCGUAAGCUGUCAGUCUCCUUCCUCCCAGAGUUGGACAUCCAUCGCCUUUGCCCACUCUGGGCCACAGCUGCUAAUACAAACCAAACGCAGUCACUGGCCCCCGGGAUGAGCUCUCUGCCCUCCCUUUCCUUUUUGCCCCUUUUCAUGUGGACACAAGCUAGAUUGCUCCUACCUCUUUCUGUCCCAGUGCUUUCCCCCAAGGGCUCUGGGUCCGUCACCACCAAGGAGGUGUUCUCUGCCACCCACCCCUCCCGCACCUGCAAAGUGGGUAGCUAGUAUUUCUACACUCUCCUUUCAGCAAGAACCCAGCCAUUCAUUGUGCUACCUCCCAGGAAAACGCCAAUGGUAGGAAAGUUAGGGUCAGGGCCAGAAGCAUAGAUGGAAACACUGAAAUCUGUGCUUGCCCCAGAACUGGUGCAUCCUCUUCCCUGGACAGGAGGCAAGAGUGACUGUUCCCACAGCCUCCUGAAUCUGGUCCACCCUGCAGAUAGCUCACACAGGCCCGGGUGUGGAUGCCCCACUGAAUGGCAGAUUCCAGCACCCACACCGCUGGGUCCUCACGUGGGUUCUCCUUCCUAUUAAUAUAAAUCAAUCAGUACCUCAGGCUGCAUCCCAGGGCAGAGCCUGGGUUUAGCGGGUAGGAAAACGCAGAAUUUGUUCAGUCCUGUGCUUGUAAAAUGUGAUGCUUCUAUUUUUUUUUAAUAUGUAUGUGCUAUGCACAAACCAUAUCGUGUUCCAGCAAAAAGGAAAAGGUCUUUUUAUACGUUCCUCUAAACUGUUUGACUCCACCCCUCCUAUUAAAACCGACAACAAA